AUGUUUAAAGCAGCCUUCGCCAGAUCCUUGAGACUCAGUGCCUUACCCCGCACGCAGUGUGCUCAUGUCGCUCCUAAGCUUGCUAUUCCACAGUUUGCCCAGGCUUCCAGAACAUAUGCUGGCUUCCCUGCCUUGACGAGAGAUAUCGCCAGGGAGAGAAUCAUUGAGUUGUUGGAAGGCUAUGACAAGGUCACAUCUAAAGACAUUUCUGAGAAGUCUAACUUCGUGACUGACUUGGGUUUGGACUCUUUGGAUGUCGUUGAGGUUGUUAUGGAGGUCGAGCAUGAGUUCAACAUUCAGAUCCCAGACCACGAGGCCGACUCUUUGAAGACCGUGGGCCAGACUGUUGAAUACAUUCUUUCUCAGCCUGAUGCUUGUCCAGCAUACAAGGUUACCAAGAUCCCUUUCAACUUCACCGCUGCCAAGGCUUACGGCAAGGAUUUGGUUCUUUGGGGUGGUGCCGCCGGUGCCGCUGUUGCAACUUUCACUGACAACUGGCCUUUGUUCCAGCAGACCUUUUACUCAAAGAUCCCAUACUUUGGUGACCACUGGAUUCACAACCCAGACCCAGAGGAGGUUCCAGUUUAA